CUCGCUCACCUGAAUGGUUCCUGUCAACUGUCCGAUUUUAGUAAACUAAAUUUACCCCUUUUACGCCUUCCCCUGUAUCCGUCUUUCAUUUCUCAGAUCUGAAACUUUCUUCCCAAAUCACAACAACAUAAAAAAAACCUAGCCGAAUCCCCUUCAUUCUCGUUGGACGCUCUUGGUUCCUUCUAUGUCUCCCACUUUCCCAGGCUUCUCCCUUCUCCGGUUCUCCGUCGUGCUUUCCGAUCCGCCGUCCCUGCAUACCAUUUCCGCCUUCCUCGCCAUGGAACCACCUGACGUGGUCAUCUCCUUUGCUCUUGGUUCCAGUUCUCUUGCGGCAAAGGAAUGUUGUUGAAACUCAUAGACAAUGGAGUCAAACACAGAAGCUAGCAACACACUCAAUACCCUCAGGAAGAAGGAGCUUGAUAGAUGAAGCCCUUUAAGAAAUGGUGGUCCUCGAUGAGGUUGAAAAUAAGAGAAGAAUAAAAAGUGCAUACAAUUAAUUGGAUAGGCCCUCUUCUCUUAUGAUAUUAACCUGAAAUUUCUCAAUUUUCCUGCAAAAGUUAGGUUUUUUGGUAAAAAAAUACUACGUAUCUUUUUUAAUUUACGGCACAUUUUAUUUUUAGCAGUUUUAAUCAAGGUCUUGUGGAUACUUAAUUGAGGCGGAAUUUUUAGCAGUUUUAAACAAGUUUAAACCUUCCUUAAUAUAACAUUUUCCAUAUUUACUUUGAUUGCUUUGCUUAAAUACUUACUCUGCUAAUUAAGGCAUGAUUUGCUUAGACAGUUUUAAUUUAAGGCAACUUUUAUUUUAAGCAACUCUUAAUCUCGGUAGGAAUAAAUUUGAAUUUUAUUAUUUAUGGCAAUGUGUUCAAUAAAGACCAAAUUUAUUUAGACAGUUUUUAAUUAAAGCAGUUUUUAUUUCUACCCAUUUUUAUUCUCGGUAGUAAUUCUUGCCAAAAAUAAAAGAUCUCGGUAAUACUUUAUAUAUAUAUUUCAGAACACAAUCCUCCCCUUAAGAUAUGCACGAAUUUAAAACCUUCCUUCAUUAAAUAUUUUCCUCAUUUUAUUUGCUAGGAUUUUUGGGAAAUACUUACUCUUCACUAAAUUCAUAGGAAACGAUUAUAUAUAGCCCCUUACCAGUGCAUACCAUCAUAUUGGUGUCAAAGAAUUCUACCACUUAUUUAGAUCUUAAAUGGCUCCAAAAUUGCUUAAACUGGCUGAAGUCACUGGAAUACUUGAACCCCAUGACGCGAUAUUGGUUCGUGUUGUUCGCAAGUGAAUUGUUCUUUACAAAGACACAGAGAAGGGAGUCCGUUCUCUAGAGCUUUUGCUUGAAGAUGAGAAAGAUGAUAGGAUUCAAGCUACUGUAUCACAACAACGGGUGCGCAUCUUUGACGCCCAAAUAGAAGAGGGUGAGACAUAUGCAAUGAUGCACUUUACUGUAAGGUCCAAUAUUGAACAAAAUCGGCCAUGCUCCCACCGUUACAGACUAUGUUUCACCGAGGAAACCAAGGUGAAGCGUCAAGAAAAGAGUACCAUGUCAUCCUUAUCACCUUUUAAGUGUAAAAGCUUCUCAAAAAUUUUUGCUGAAUGAGAUGAUGUAUGUCUUCAAUUGUUUGAUGUAAUUGGUGCAUUCAAGGUUGGUGAUAAGGUGUUCAAGGCGGAACCUGGAGCGCAAAAAAAGUGGUGUAACUUUUACCUUCAUGAUUUAGAGGAUAAGAGGUUGCAUUGUACACUGUACAGUGAGUAUUACGAACAAUUCCUGGAACAUGUAAAAAGGACAACGUCGGAAUAUGUAAUCGUGAUCAUCCAGUUGGCACACACAAACAAACGCUAUGGUGAGCAGAUGGGGGUCUCAACAUCAUAUAAUGCCUCAAAGGUUCUCCUUAACGUCAAUGUCCCUGAUAUUGAGGAGUUUCGAACCAGGAUGUUGGAUAUGGGGUCAUCACAAUCCUUGAGCUCAACAUCAUCACAACCUGCAUUAAGUGAUGAUAAAGAAGUUGGAAUUGUCAAGAUGUUGUCUGAACUACAAACUACUAAGGAGGUUCGUGGGUUGUGGUUUUAUGGGAAGAUAAACGCUAUUCUAAAUGCUACCAGUUGGGCUUAUAUGGGAUGCUUCAAAAGGUCAUGUCGUGCAAGAGCCAUAAAAUGUGAUAAUGAAUUUGAGUGCACGAAGUGCAGAGUGCGGUCUUCUGAAGAAAACUGGCUCUACAAAUUGAAGCUGAACGUUGUGCAUGGUUGUCGCAACGCUGAGCUGCUAUUCUGGGAUCAAGCAUGGAAGCAGUUUUUGGGAAAACCUACGUCCGAUUUUCGUGAACAUCUGGAUGAUGUCAAGUUAAGACCUCAUAGUGCUCCUCCAUUGUUCUACGACUUGGUUGGGCGGGAGUACUUAUUCAAAAUUGAGAGAGACAUCGCGAGUUUAGAUGGAUCCGAUGCUGCGUUUUGCAUAAGCAUGACAACAGACAAUAAGGAAAAGAUUGAGCAGAUUAAGUCAUCCUGGAAAGAUGAAGCAGAGCCAGAGACACCAACAUCACCUGAGCAUGACCGAGGGCAGACUCCAAUUUCAUCCUCAAAGAGAAAAACUGAGGAUAUAGAUGGUAGCAAAGAAAUCUCAUAUGAUAAAACACUGGGGUCUACAAAUAAGAAUAAGAAGUUGAAGGAGGUCAAAAAAGAGAAACUUUGAAGUUCGCCAUUUAGAAAACUGGAUUUUAUUUUUUGUUUGAUUAUUCGUAUUUCUGCAUUCACAUUUCCUCCUAAAGACAAUUUUUUAAAGUUGUGAUUGUGCCGUUUGUUGGCCUUGAAUAAGGGAAUUCCUCCCAGUUGAAGACAAGCUUUGAUUUUUUUUGCCUUUCAAUUACUUCUAAUAUACGAGUAAAAAAUUAUGUGCUAAUUUUUUCAUUAUUUCUCCAAUUCUAAUUUGUUAAAUAUAAUUUGUUUAUUUCUUUA